AUGGAAAGGAAUAUUGCAGUGUUAAUGGGAGAAGGUAUCCUUCCAUAUCUACCAAGAUUAAUGGAGAAACUACUUGUUGCACUGUCACCCAGUACAAGUAUGCAGAUGAAGGAAUUAGCAGUUAGUGCAAUAGGAGCGACAGCAAAUGCUGCUAAAGAAGCCAUGUUGCCAUACUUUCCUCAAAUAGUUGAAUUUAUUAAGGAAUAUCUUAGCAACACGGAAUCAAUAGAAAGAAAUAUUCUACGAGUACAAGCUAUUGAUACAUUAGGUGUCCUGGCAAGAACAAUUGGAGCCAGUAACUUUAUGCCACUGGCAGAUGAAUGUGUUCAACUUGGUUUGAGACUACUUGAAGAAGACAGAGAUCCUGAUCUAAGGAGAUGCACAUAUGGUCUGUUUGCAUCAGUUUCUACAAUAUUAAAGAGCAACAUGGGAAAAUAUUUGAAAGACAUAGUAAAGUAUAUGAUUGAAUCACUUCAGUCUGCUGAAGGGAUUGUGACGCAUUAUGCAACUGAAGAUGAUCCCAGUUUUUUGCUGGAUGAUGAGGAUUUGGAAGGAGUUGGGGGUGUUGAGGACGAUGAUGAUGAAGUAACAGGAUAUAGCGUGGAAAAUGCCUAUUUAGAGGAAAAAGAAGAUACUUGUAACGCUCUUGGGGAAAUUUCAGAAAACUCAGGGUAG